AUGGAAAUCAUCGGAGCCCGCGAUGAUGGAGAUACAGCUUCAAAGUCGUGUAGCUCAGAGAUCUCAGACACAGUGACCGUUUUGUAUGGUUCCCAGACGGGUUCGGCCAAAAAGUUGGCUUUCCAAUUUGCCAAUGAGCUGCUGGAGAAAUACAAGAAAAAGGUCUUUGUUGAUGCUAUGGAUAAUUUUGAUCUCAGCUCAAUUGUUGACAGCCCUCAACUGACAACUAUAGUUUUCUUUGUUUCUUCUUAUGGUGAGGGAGAACAAUGUGAUAAUGCGUCGAAAACAUUCAGCUAUCUUUCAAAACUGUGCUCCGAGAAUAGCCAUCACCUGAAAAAUCUCCAUUAUGGUCUUUUUGGCUUAGGAAAUACUGCCUAUGAUAUUUACCAGGGAGCUUCCAGAGACUUAAAGAAUUGCCUCAGUCAACUGGGCUCCACUUUACUUGGUUCAUAUGGUGAAGGAAACGAUGAGAAAGGAGAAUUAGUGGAAGACUACCUACAGUGGAAAAAUCAGUUCAUGCCGACUUUAGCUGAACACUUGAGAUGGAAGCCUUCGAAAGAAAAUACCUACAAGCCCUCAAUCUUCAUAUCUGAGGUUUCACCAAGAACGCAUGCUAAUGGAGAAAUAGUAUCUUCUCUGCGAGAUUUGAAUUUUCUCGAUAAACCUCCAUACCAUAUUGCAAAACCAUUCAACGCACGACUCAUCAACUCGCAAAAGUUCACUGAUGGACAGAGAUGCCAGUUUCAUUGUGAAAUCAGCUUAGAAGGAUCUAGAUUGAAGUAUCAAACAGGGGACCAUCUGGGGGUCUAUCCCAUAAAUCGUGAAGAAGACGUGUCUAAAUUCAUGUUUCUAUUCUGCCUAAGACAAAAAGCAGAACAGGUUGUUCAGCUGAGAUCGACAUUACCUCUCUGGAUUCCAUCUCCAACAACUUAUAAAGCGAUAGUUAAACACUAUUUGAACAUCAACUCGGCUAUAUCCUCUCAAAUGUUGCAGACGUUGGCAAACUUCGCACCCUCCGACAAAUCUAAAGAUCGCCUUUUGAGACUUUCAUCUAGAGAUCUAUUUACUAAAGAAGUGGUCGAGAGACGAUUGACCAUGUGGGAAGUAUUGCUAGAGGCCUCCGAUGGUAAUCCUUGGCCUGAUGUCCCAUUUUCUUUUCUUCUAGAAUCAUUGGGGAAACUAGAACCAAGAUAUUACUCAAUAGCAUCCUCAGAACUAUUAUAUCCGGACCAAGCCCACCUGACCAUAAAAUGCGAGAGGGAGUUAGUCAAAGGUAAAAUUUUCUAUGGUGUCUGCUCAAACUACAUCGAAAGCAUAUGUUUCCGGGAGGCGGAUCAAGCUGGACGACUAAGAGAUUGGCAGACGGUCCCAAUUUUUGUUAGGAAAUCUAGUUUCAAGCCGCCUCUGAAUGGAGAUAGACCAAUGAUAAUGGUAUGCGUGGGAACAGGCAUUGCUCCUUUCAGAGGAUUUGUUCAACAUCGCAUAGCCAUGUCUGCUGCACAUAACGUUGGAAAAAUGAUCCUUUUUUAUGGAUGUAGAGAUAAGUCUGAUAUUCUCUACCCCAACGAAUGGCCAAAAUAUAGCACAGCUUUGGAAUCAAAGUUGUCCGUUCAUUUUGCAUUAUCUAGAGAAGAUCCGGCUCGCAAACAGUAUGUUCAAGACAUUAUCCUACAACUUUCCAAAGACAUUCAUGAAUUACUCGAGCAAGGAGCAUAUUUCUAUGUUUGUGGAGAUGCCAUGAAGUUAUCAAAUAUGAGCAAAUUAGUCAGGCAGAUAUUAGUGCAACGAAAGGGCAUUAGUGAAGAAGAGGCGGCAACGACGCUCAAGCAAUUCAAACUGAACGGACGUUACCAAGAGGACUUGUGGUGA